AUGUCUUCCAAACCAGCCUUCUCAACCGACUCCACCACCACCACCACCGCUCCAACCAGCAUCAACGCCAAUGUAACCGACAAGGCCAACGCAGCCAUAUCGUACGCCCAACGCUCCUUUGACAGGGUCGUCCCCCCUCCCUCUCGUGAGAGGGCAUACUCUACCGCAUCGACGUAUGCAUCCGAACGACCAAUCUUUUUCACCCUCAUCGUCACUCUACUGGUAGUCUCGUCAUUCUUCACCAUCGCCUUUGCCGUCUUCGCCUUGUCAAUCUUGUCCCUCGCCCUGGGCGCUGCCUUGCUCUUCUCCCUCUUCUGGAUGGGCGUGGCCCUGGCCUUCAUAGUCCCCGUCCUGCUGGCCGCGCUGCUCGCCUCCGUCAUUGUCUGGGCCUGGCUUGUCGGCGGCUUCCUCGUCGCCAGGUGGCUGUAUAUUCGUGUGCCGCUUGUCGCUGGUGCCGCCACCGGUCGCAUCAGCGGCAACUCUGGCACGACCGAUGGUCAGCCUGCUCCCAAGUUCACCGGGGGCUCAUUCUAA